AAGGCGACCGCCGAGCGCCAUCAGCGACAGCUCCUCGUCCUCCUCAAAGAGCCGGGCAACGACAAGUGCGCCGACUGCAAGGCGCGCAACCCGCGGUGGGCCUCGUGGGACCAGGGCGUCUUCCUGUGCGUCCAGUGCGCGUCGAUGCACCGCAAGAUCGGCGCCCACAUCACCAAGGUCAAGAGCGUCACCCUCGACACGUGGACCCGAGAGCAGGUCGACAGCAUGCGCCUCAAAGGCAACCUGCGCGUCAAC